AAGGCUGUCACGUUUGUGCCCAAAUAUCAUUUCUUCUUCUUUGUCUUGAUUAUUAAUAUAGUCUACACUCUACACUAUAGUUGAGUUCUCCAGCUCAUUCCACCCAAGCCUCACCCCCCAUACCUUACUUCCUUAUCCCAUAUAUUUCUUCAUCCCACCACCAGUCCACCACCACCUUAAUCUUCUUCAUCAUCACAAUGGCAGCUUCCACACAUUCCCUCCCUCUCCUCCUCCUCCUCCUUGCCGUCGUCGUCUUCCACGCCGAAGCCCAAACCGCUCCCGCCCCGGCCCCAUCCGGCCCACUAAACUUCACCGGCAUCCUAGACAAAGCUGGCCAAUACACCACCUUCCUCCGCCUCCUCUCCCAAACCCAAGUCGCCACCCAAAUCCAAAGCCAGCUCAACUCCACCACUGAGGGCCUCACCGUCUUUGCCCCCACCGACAACGCCUUCACAAACCUCAAAGCCGGAACCCUAAACGACCUCUCCUCCGAACAACAAGUCCAGCUCGUUCUCUACCAUGUUCUCCCCAAGUACUACACUCUCGCAAGUCUCCUAACAGUCUCAAACCCCGUGAGGACUCAGUCCUCCUCCCAAAACGGCGGCGGAUCUUACGGGCUGAACUUCACCGGAUCCGGAGGGAACCAAGUGAACGUGUCAAGUGGGGCGGUGACUACUCAGAUCAACAAUGCAUUGAGGCAGCAGUUUCCGUUGGCUGUGUACCAAAUUGACAAGGUGUUGUUGCCUAAUGACAUGUUCGCUGAGGCGUCUCCGGCUCCUACUGCUGCGAAAACUCCGGCCGGAAGCACCAACACGACGAAAGGGACGGUGGCCGCGGAGCCGUCUACGGAUGGGACUAGUGGUUCGAGCAAGACGACUGUGGGAUCGUUCGUGGGAUUGGCUCUAGGGCUGGCUUUGUUUUUCAUGGGGAGCAGCUAGCAGCUAGUAAUAUAAGCAGUACUAUUUUUGUGCAGUGUGAUUUGUACCGAUCGAUCGACCACAAUAUUCAUGUACUUCUUGAUUAUUAUUCCUCUUUGGUUUUGGCAUAUUUUAAUUUUUGUUGAAGGAGAUUGUUUGAUUGUC